CUUUGUGUAUGUGCUAAGUGUGUAUACUUGUGUGAGUGUGUGUGCGUGCGUGCGCAAGCUCGCUAUUGAUCUAUCAACCCGUCAAUCAUCCAUCUGGUUUGCCAGGUGGCAAAAGGGCAGAGCUUGACAAAAGGCAGGCCCAAAAGUUAAGCUGAGCCUUCUCUCUCUCUCUCUCUCUCUCUCUCCUUCUCCACCUUUCACCAUCAUCUUUUGACCUGGUCAGUGUGGUGGCACAGACUCUGAGGAUGUCUGCCGAGCGGUCAUCACGGUCGGCAUGGCCCCCCGCCAAUGCGUCCCAGUGGGAGGCCCCCUCAUUCGGUGGGGCGGCUCAGUUCCGCGUGGGAGCGACGACGUUGCUGUUUGCUGCCGCCGCCACCGCCAACCUGGCGCUCAUGGCCAGCGUGUGCGGCGGGCGCGGCCGUCAUUUGGCCUCUCACCUGCGCCCCCUUUUCGUCAGCCUAGCGUCGGCGGACCUGAUGAUGACUUUUGUGGUGAUGCCCCUGGACGCCGUAUGGAACGUCACGGUGCAGUGGCACGGGGGCGACGCCCUCUGCAGGCUGCUCAGCUUCCUGAAGUUGCUGGCCAUGUACGCAUCUGCCUCGGUGCUGGUGGUCAUCAGCCUGGACCGCCAUCACGCCAUCGUGCGGCCGCUGCACACGCUGAGCGCCCGGUGCAGGAACAGACGGAUGCUGGCGCUGGCCUGGAGCCUCAGCCUGUUGCUCGCCGUGCCACAGUUGUUCGUGUUCGGCACGGUAGAUGUCGUCUUGGGCGACGUGGGCGUUCACUUCACCCAGUGUGCGACCCACACAACUUUCAGCGUCCGCUGGCAGGAAACGUUGUACAACAUGUUCCACUUCAGCACCUUGUACGUGCUCCCCCUGCUGGUGAUGAGCUGCUGCUAUGGCCGCAUCAUGCUGCACAUCAACAACACGCACCUGAAGAACAAAGGGGAACUGCGUCGCAGCAGCAGCAACAGCAUCUCCAAGGCCAGGAUGAAGACGCUGAAGAUGACGGUGAUCAUCGUACUGUCCUUUGUGGUGUGCUGGACACCGUACUACCUGUUGGGGGUGUGGUACUGGUUCCAGCCCGAAGUGGUCCACUUCACACCCGAGUACGUCCACCAUGGCCUCUUCCUGUUCGGGAACCUCAACACCUGCUGCGACCCGCUCAUCUACGGCUUCUAUACGCCUUCCUUCAGGGCCGACGUGGCCGCCUGCUGCCGCUCAAGUCGGCGGGAACCGGCCGCUGACUUUUGGCUUCACGGACCCCGCACCCAGAACCGGCCUGAAGGACACGGAAGGCUUCCCGUCCCCCCCGCCCGGAAGGACCAGAACGGAAAGGGUUCCAAGCGGAGUGUGGAACUCUAUCAAUGGCUUGUGGAGAAGGCGAAGCGUGAGGACGUCCAAGAAGAGCAGAGACAAGAUGACAAGAUGGAUGACAGGAGGAAAAAGGCUGUUGCCUUGUCUUGCCCCAAGUGUCCUCAAGGUGGCGUGUUGCCCUCUCCACACUGCACACACAUACAUGCAAUAUAGAGUGGUCUCUUGAGAUACCAGUUUAAUUCGUUCCGUGAACACGUUUGUAACUUGUAACUUUCGUAUGCCAAAGCAUCUUUCCCCAGUGAAAUUCAUGGAAAGGCCCUUAAUAAUUAAUAAUAAUAAUAUUGUACUUAAACACACACACAUAUUUAAGGACGAUAUUGGUUAAUUUAGAACGAUACGAUAUGAAACGUUUCAGUGGCUGGAAAUCGAUUCAGUCACUUUUUAGCCGAAAAUGUAUACAGUGUUACUGUGAAAUAAAUACCUGCAUACUGGACAGUGCGGGUGACAUUUCUUG